GUUAGUUUAAACAAACACAAAAAUAUGGGAACUAUAUAAUCGAUCAGCAAAAGAAAUACUAACCUAACCUAAUUAGAAUUUUUGUACGACGCUUUAUUUGAGGAAUGAUUAAAACAUGUUAAAUUUAUAUAUUCCAUUACAGAAUGCAGCCUAUCAGCAUAGACUCUCCGAGCGAUAAAGGCACAAAGGAUAGAAGAAGCCGUUGUCAUCAACUUUUGAUGCAAAUCGUCUAUGACUUCGCAGAAAAUACUACUCUUAAUGGCUUAAAAUAUAUGGCCGAAAAAAGAACCUCUAUUCUAGAAAGAUUAUUUUGGACUUCCACGUUCAUUCUAAGCACGAUUCUCUGUGUAAUGAUGGUUUAUAAGUCGUAUGUCAAAUAUGAUACCAGCGGCGUCGUGGUCACCUUGAAGGAGCACCUUGUGUCUGUGAAUGAGUACCCGUUCCCUGCGGUCACGAUAUGUCCGCAGGCGAGGAUCAGACAAAAAAGAUACAACUAUACCUGCGCGGGAUUGUAUUCAUUUACGAAUGAUUCAGGAGUUGACCUCAAAAAAUUCCAUUCCACAAUGGUACUUUGUGAUAAUGAUGACGAAAUCAAUUCUUCGGACGCAUAUCCAUUCCUCGACUAUCCAGUUGAUAUUAAAACAUUCUUUGAGGUGGCUCCCAGACAUGAGGAUAUUUUCAUGGAGUGCUCGUGGCGAAACAAAGUUGACUGUUUGAAGAAAUUCCGUCCAACUCUUACCGCUGAUGGAAUCUGUUAUACUUUCAAUAUAUUGGCUACUGAUGAGAUAUUCCGCAGGAAUAGCGUUUACCAAAAGCGCUACUACUUGAACUCAUCUACUCUCAAAAAUGGAUGGUCACUAGAAAAGAACUACUACAGCUACCCCAAUGAUGCAUUUCCAAGACGUGGCCGGGCAAAUGGGGCAAGAGAGGAUCUAUACUUGUCAUUAAAAGAAGUUACAGACCGCGAUUUUGCGUGCGACAGACAAACUCGACCCGGUUAUAAGGUUUAUUUGCACCACCCCGCUGACUUGCCUCAGGUCUCCCUGCACAGCUACGCAGCGCAACCCGGGAAGACCACAUCUUUUGCAAUCAAACUCGACAUCUUGGACACCGCUGAUGAGCUGCUCUCCAACUAUGCCCCGGAAAUCCGCCAAUGCUAUUCCCCAACUGAACGAUAUUUGCAGUUUUUCCAAAGCUACAGUUCAAUAAACUGUCAAUUGGAAUGUCUCACCAACUACACCAUUAAGAUUUGUGGGUGUGUUAGCUUCUAUAUGCCUCGUAAUAGCAGCACACCUAUAUGCCCAGCAAACAAGUGGAAUUGCACAGAAGAAGCUUUAGACCUAUAUGCAGCUCAGGAAGAUUUGAACGAUGGUGAUAUCAGUAAAUGUCGGUGCCUACCCUCGUGCAAAGAUGUCAAUUAUGACGCAGAUACUGUCGUAACAAAACUUGAUCUAGAAGAAUAUGACAAAAGACGGAAGGAAUUUCAAAGACUUGUUGAAGAAUUUGAGGAUUUUUAUGCUGAAGAUGACGAUGAAGACUAUGAGACUGAAAAUAAAGGUGUUGAUAAUGAAGCCAACAAUACUACUGACACCGAAUCUGAUGGCGAUGAGGAUUCUUCCAAUAAUGAGACCCAAACAGUUAAUCAGAUCUACUACAGAUACCCCCGCUUCGUGGCCAUGGAGCGCUCGGAGUUGGUCGGACUGUCGCAGUUUCUGGCCGACGUCGGCGGCACGCUUGGACUUUUCCUCGGAUUUUCCUUCCUCACACUUGCAGAGAUAUUUUACUUCUUCACGCUGAAAUUUUACUGCAGGUACCACCAAGAAACCCCAGAAAACGAAUCAGAAAAAUUAAACGUCGCUCACGACGCAUGAGUUACUUAGUAAAUAUUAAUAACAUAUAUUGUUUUCGGAUAAAACGUCGUUGAGUUAGAAAACCAAUGCCAAACAACAUUGUUUUCAAAGUGCUGAAAAGUCCUGAUGCCUUAUAAAAGUUAUAAAUCACAGUAAACUAUAAGAUACAUUAUUAAUACAAGCAUAUUUGACUCAAUAAAAAUAACAGGUUUUGUUAAAUGUUUAAUUUAUUCACUACUUUAUUCAUCCCCAUCAUUUUAU